GUGAACUUCCUCUUUGCAGAUGGCAUUAAGAGCUAGAGACGAGUUUGACGAUAUCCCCGACGACGAGCUCGAAGAAACUCUACUGGAGCGACUAGAGGGUCUCACCGAAAUGGUUCCGGCCAGUGUACGCAAAGCCGUCGUCAAUGGAGCCUCUUGGAGUGUAUGGGGUGUAAAGAACCUUUGGUAUGUGACUCGUCAAGCAGUCUGGAUCGCAGCCACUACGUCUCUGAUCAUGUUUAUGCCCUACAUCAUUGAGAAGGAAAGGAGUGAUUUGGAGAAAACACAGGUUGCACAACAACGACAGAUGCUUUUGGGUCCUUCCGCAGCCGUACAAGCUGCCAAGCACCAUUAAUCUUCCGACGUGUAUAUUAUUACUAGGUGAUCUUAUCUUUUUGACGGAGGACUGUUAGCCAUAGGCGCUUUGUUUUGAAUCUUUCGAAUGGGAGACCUACUCCUAGUCAGUUUACGCUAGAUGUUUAUUGUUGACUACUGUGUUCCGAAUAAAUUCGUUGUCAC